GCCAAUGGCCUGCCCCAUCACCUGACCGCUAUUUGAAUAUUGAUGUUCCCGACUUUGCUUCCACAUUGGUGCGCCGUUCUGCCUGUGUUGUUGUUGGCUGACAUUGUCUGAUAGUUGGACCAGCAGCACAGCGAGGGAUUUUCACUGUAACCAGCCCAACAUGUCCUCGCUGCUGAAGCCGUUUUCGGUGUGUGAAGGGCCGUGCGAGAGCGGCGGUGUCAGGCGAGGAUGCCCGAGCUCAGCCCUCCAUCCGCAGCCUCCAUCGCAGCGUCUGGCCGCCGCUGCCGUCGCGGCGGGGCUGGGCUCCCUGCCGGCCCACCAGCGGUUGUACGCGGCGAGAAGAAACCUGGCCGCUGCGGCGAUCGGAGGGAGGAAAAUCACGCAUCCUGGAAAGGCCAUCCUUGCAGGUGGCAUUGCAGGAGGAAUAGAGAUCUGUAUCACCUUUCCUACAGAAUAUGUCAAGACCCAACUGCAGCUAGAUGAGAGAGCAAACCCACCACGAUACAGAGGGAUCGGUGACUGUGUGAAACUGACCGUGCAGGAUCACGGGCUCAGAGGGUUGUAUCGAGGUCUCAGCUCCCUGCUCUAUGGAUCAAUACCCAAGGCUGCAGUGAGAUUUGGCACGUUUGAGAUGCUCAGCAACCCCAUGCGGGACGCCACGGGUCGGCUGGACAACACGCGGAGCCUCUUGUGUGGUUUAGGAGCAGGCAUAGCAGAGGCCAUCCUGGUCGUCUGCCCCAUGGAAACACUGAAGGUGAAGAUGAUCCAUGACCAGUGUUCCCUCAGACCUCGCUACAGAGGCUUCUUUCAUGGAGUCAGUGAGAUUAUCAGAGAACAGGGUGUCAGGGGGACAUAUCAAGGUCUAACUGCAACUGUGCUUAAACAAGGAACCAAUCAGGCCAUCAGGUUCUAUGUGAUGAACAUGCUGCGCAACUGGUACAAAGGUGAUGAUCCCAGAAAAGAAAUGCACCCGAUCGUCACGGCAAUGUUUGGCGCGACAGCAGGAGCGGCCAGCGUUUUUGGAAAUACGCCUCUGGAUGUGGUGAAGACCAGGAUGCAGGGUUUGGAGGCUCACCGUUACAAAAACACAGUGGACUGUGCCUUCCAGAUCUUGAAGCACGAAGGACCACAGGCGUUCUACAAAGGGACAGUUCCCAGGCUUGGCCGCGUUUGCUUGGACGUGGCCAUAGUCUUCGUCAUCUACGAGGAGGUGGUCAAACUACUCAACAAUGUGUGGAAGACUCAGUAGAGACAGACAGUGGCAGAGGUCCAGAGGGAAGCACAGACCAGUGCCUCAUGCUACGCACAACUGAACACCUCUAUUCUCAUUAAUAGCUCUCUGCAUCGCCCUCAGCAGAUGACUUCAUGUAGACCAGUUUCCGCUUUGUUACACAAAUGAUUUGCAGGACUUAACCUGAAAACAGUGAUAAUAAGGGAAGGAGAGUGGCUUGUUGCACAAAACAGCCCAGUUUUACAUUUCUCCUCUCUAGACUUAGAAAUAAAGAUGGAUCAUUUUAUUUUACCGAAAAGGAAAACACAUAUCUAGUAUGUAAUGUGUUAUUCUGUACGCCUGACCAAACUAGUUUUGUUUUUGUGAGUCUAUAACCAGGAACAUGAGUAUAUUUAAAGAAGAAACACAAGCCAGUAUGAUUAACCAAAGGUUAGAAUUAAAGGUGGAAGGAAAAGGCGGAAAAAACAAACUUGAGAUCAUUCAAAAAGGAAUAUUACAUAAUGUUUUAGCUUUCUAUGACAAUUGCUACUGUACAUGUGGUAGAGUGAUCACUUUGUACUGAAACCAUAAAUGUGUCUUUUGAUUCACUGAGUACUUACUAUACUAAGCGAAGAACAGAGAUGCUACUGGACACAACCGUGCUCGCUGCAGUACUUUAAAAUGUCUGUGCAUUACUUCAACACAUCUAGGUGUUGUAAUCGCUUCCUUGACCGUGCUCGUGGUGUCAUUUGCGCUAAAACAUCGGCAGUAUGUCCUCGCUGUGUCUUGGUGAUGAACUUUAGAUUACUGUUCAUUGUGCUUUUUUUAUGGCCGCGGCUGUCAACAACGUAUGGCUGCGUGAAUCUCGAUGUGGCAUCUAUCUUGUUACACACCGACAGCGGCUUGCAGGCUUGUUGAGGACAAACACAAACUGGUCUGGAGUCACCGGAGUACCUCUCCUGCAGAUUGUGUCAGAGUGUUAACCUGAUACAAGAAACCAUAAAGCACAUAUUGAAGGAAACUGUUUCAUAUGUAGCACAAUCGUCAUGUGCAGUCUUAAAACGCAGGACGUAAGAGUCAGUUUCUUACUAGAAUUUAGUGAAUACAUGACAACAUUUUCAACUGUGGAAAAGCUUUUGGUUCAGUUCUCUACAGCUGCAAGUGAAUUAUUUGGGAAUAUUUGACCUGUAAUGCUCCAGCCUGAGAUUUAAAAGUGAAUUUGCUUCUACUCCACAUGAGAUCACAACAUGUAAACAUGUCCAUGUAGGCCAUAUGACUUAAAGGCAACUGAGCCUUCAGUGGUUUUCUUGUGCAUGUCGAGUCAUUCGUCAGACAGACUCUUUUCUAGUCAAACAUUAUGUCACUUUAAUAUUCUUUAAGUUUACCUCAAGCUAACCUGCUUCACAAGCUUUUUGUAUGCUAAUUGUUAAUUAGCUACUUUCGAAUGCACUCAUUCUUGUCUGAUAUUGUUUACAUAUGCAGAUGUUGAACUAAAGAGGGACGUAGAUACAGUAUGUAAGAGGCUCACUAAUAAAAACAAGUGACUGGUAUCUAAGCAAAGUUUGGUUUUGAUUGACUUAGUUGCUCCACAGAAGCCUUUAAUUCCUCUUUGCCAAACUACUUCAGUACAAUCUUCAAUGUAACGUCCCUGAUGCUAGCAAAACUUUAUUACAUUUUAAAGAGCAACAGAGUAUUGUUUAAUCUAUAUGUCUCAACCAUGUUGUUUCCAUUAAUUACAGCACAUUUUUACUGUACAGAAUAUUUAUGUGUUUAAGCUUUGCUGCUUUUCAUUAACAAGGGAUCAUACAACAAACCGGUGUGAUUACUCACACUUCAGAAGAACUUGUUGGGUAGACUGAAGGAUUCAUUUGUGUUAGACGAAAAGCUGAAGUAUGUUGGUAUGAUGUUGGAAAAAAUAUUGUGCUUCAAGUAUGAUUUACAUGAUCAGAUGUAGAAACCUCUAACAUGGUACAUAACAUGGUUUCAAUAAACCUGUCAUCAACAAACUU